CGCGCAGACCUGGACAAGACAUGGGACGAGCUGGAAUGGGCCCAGCUGCAGCGCCUGCGAGAUGCCGUCCCCGCCAUCAGAGACGACGGUGAGCAGUCCCAGCCGCCCCAAUGGGCCCGGUGCAACGGCGAAGAGUACGCGAGCCGCAACCGCUACCUCAACGUGGACCCCUAUCAGGCCAACAGAGUGCGCAUGGACGUGCCCGAGGGCUGCUCCGACUACAUCAACGCCUCGCCCAUGCUGCUCACCCUGACCAAGUCGCAGACGGCCCUCACCUACAUUGCUACACAGGGCCCCAAGGCUGACAGCUGGUCGCACCUCUGGCGCAUGAUCUGGAACCUGAACCUCGACCCUGCCGUCAUCGUCAUGCUCACCCAGACGCACGAAGCGGGGCGCGAAAAGUGCUACCAGUACUACCCACCCUCCCCCUCGAGCCCCCACAUGGACAUCAACGAGCACGACGAGUUCGGAGACGGCUUCCAACACAGCCUGGAACUGACGUCUAUGGACAUGGACGAGGAAGCCCGCACAAUAGUGAGCGACUUGGAUCUGGUGCAGGCCGAGGGCGAAGAGACGCGCAAGGUCUGCCAUUUGCUCUUUGCAGGCUGGCCAGACUUUCUGGUGCCAGAGGGAGCCGACAAGGCGGCUUUGCUGAAACUCAUCGACAUGUCCCGUGAAAAGGCCGUCGACUGCUCCACGAACCCGCGGAUCGUGCACUGUAGCGCAGGCAUCGGUCGCAGCGGCACCUUUAUCGCCCUCGAUUGGCUUCUGCAAGAGCUCGACGAAGGCUCCAUGGACGAGACCCCCGACGACGAGGACCCCAUCGUCAGGGUCAUCCAGGUGCUCCGAGACCAGCGCCCCAUGAUGGUCCAGAGCAAGAACCAGUUCUUCUUCAUCUACGACGUGGUCCGCGAACAAUGGCUCGACCGAUGGAACGAACUCCAUCCUGACCUUGCCAUUCUUGCUGAUUCCGCCGCCGACAGUGAGCCGGCACUCAAGAGGCAAAAGUCCAUGCAGGACGAUGAUCAAGCAAGUGAGGCGCGCGCACGGCUCGAGGCAGAACUCCAGGAUGCUCAGUUCACAUUCGAGAACGGAACAGCUUGA